UAUCGCAUAAAAGGGACUUUGCGCAAUCGUCGUGCACAGAUGCAAAUUUAUUUUCUGCUAAAGAUACUCGGGAGUCUUUAUCACUCUUUAUUAAGAACAAACAAUUGCAAUAUUUCGCGGAUAUCUCGCACGAUGCGGUCCAUUUCCGACUGAUCUGAAUUGACUCUUGCGAGCACGCGAUCACUUUGCCUGCCAUUGGCGUAGUGCUCUGAAAAUUCUGCUGGACGUGUACGUGAAAAAUUUACGAUGGCGGCGAUGUUGAAGGUUAGUGGACAGUGAAUAAACAAAUUACUACUAGAAAAGCAUGGAUAAAGUACAAGCCACAUUUGAAGAUAAAUGGCCAUAUAUGCGACCGAUUAUAUUGAAAUUACUUAAGCAAGAACCAGUAACGCAGGGAGAAUGGCAGGAUUUAUUUUAUUCUGUUCACGUAUGUUUAUGGGAUGACAAAGGACCUCCCAAAUUACGUGAUGCCUUGAAAGAUGAUAUAAUGGAUUUUAUACAACAAGCUCAACAGAGAGUUUUAGCGCAUCAAGAAGAACAAGCAUUAUUGAAAGCAUAUAUAGCCGAGUGGAGAAAGUUUUUUACGCAAUGUAACUAUUUACCAACACCAUUUAGGCAAUUAGAAGCAUAUCUUGCGGGGAAAACUAGCUCCAGCACACAAAAAAGGAAUCAACCUGAUGACAUAGUUAGAAAGCUAAUGUUGGAUAGUUGGAACCAAAGUAUAUUCAAUGAAAUAAAACAAAGACUUCAAGAUGCGGCCAUGAGAUUAGUACGAGCUGAAAGAAACGGUGAAGCGUUUGAUUCUCAACUUGUUAUUGGUGUCAGAGAAUCUUAUGUAAACUUGUGUUCGAAUCCGACAGAUAAGCUUCAAAUAUAUAGAGAAAAUUUUGAGGCAGCAUACAUUCAAGCCACUGAAGCAUUUUAUUGGGUCAAGGCUCCUGAAUAUUUAUCUAUGCACGGUGUGGAGAAUUAUAUGCGUUACGCCGAUUCGAAAUUAAGAGAAGAGGAGUUGCGUGCUCAAAAAUAUUUGGAGCCGAAUACCGCGAGUAUGCAACGGUUAACGGACUGUUGCGUAAAAGUAUUAGUCGCGACUUUUAAGCCAGCCAUACUCGCAGAAUGUCCACGAAUGAUACAACAUAAUCAAACUGACAAGCUUCGCCUUAUGUUGAAAUUAAUGGAUAGAGUUCCCGACGGCGUUAGUCCCAUGUUGAGAAAUUUAGAAGAACAUAUCGCGAGCGCGGGUCUUACGGAUAUGAUGGCAGCUGUAGAUGUCAUUACUCAAGAUUCUGAAAAAUACGUGGAAAGACUGUUAGAUCUUUUCCAUAGAUUUUCCACGCUCGUUAAAGAGGCAUUCGAUGAUGAUCCACGGUUUCUUACAGCACGAGAUAAAGCUUAUAAGCUCGUUGUCAAUGACGCCACAGUAUUUAAAUUAGAAUUGCCUACUCGACAGGGUUCUGGAAUCAGUAGUGCAUCUGUUUUAAAUAAUAGACCUAUUACUAACAACAAUGGAUUAGCUGAAUCAAAGUGUCCGGAACUCCUUGCGAAUUUCUGUGAUAUGCUUCUUAGAAAAACGCCUCUCAGUAAGAAACUAACUACCGACGAAAUUGAAAGUAAAUUGAAGGAUGUGCUAUUAGUGUUAAAAUACGUUCAAAACAAGGAUGUAUUUAUGCGUUAUCAUAAAGCGCAUUUAACUAGACGAUUAAUAUUAGAUACGACGACAGACUCGGAAAAAGAAGAAAAUAUGGUAGAUAUGCUUCGCGAAGUUGGUAUGCCCGCGGAUUUUGUUAAUAAAUUAGCUCGUAUGUUCCAAGAUAUUAAAGUAUCUCAGGAUCUAAAUCAACAAUUUAAGGAACAAUGUCGAGCUGCCAUUGCAGAUAGCAUAAAUAUUAAGAUUCUUAAUGCGGGUGCAUGGGCGAGAGGUAGUGAGCGUGUCACCGUGAGUUUACCGCUUCAAUUGGAAGAUUAUAUUCCAGAGGUCGAAGAAUUUUACAAAAAGAAACAUAGUGGAAGAAAGUUGCAAUGGCAUCACCAUAUGUCAAACGGCACGAUAACAUUUGCAAAUAAAGUUGGACGUUUCGAUAUAGACGUAACGACCUUUCAAAUGGCAGUAUUAUUUGCUUGGAAUCAACGACCCAACGAAAAGGUCACGUACGAGAAUCUUCGAUUGGCUACUGAGCUUCCAGAUCCCGAACUUAGACGGACUUUAUGGUCUUUGUGUGCCUUCCCGAAGUUAAAACGGCAACUUCUUUUAGUGGAACCGCAUGCCGCUACUCCGAAAGAUUUUGCAAACGACACAAGAUUUUGGGUCAAUCAAGAAUUUGCUAUUGUAAAAAAUGGCAAGAUGCAAAAGCGUGGAAAAAUAAACUUGAUAGGACGUCUUCAAUUAUCAACAGAACGUAGCAGAGAAGAAGAUAACCAAUCUAUCGUGCAACUCAGAAUAUUACGAGUACAGGAAGCAAUCAUCAAGAUUUUAAAAAUGCGCAAGAAGAUUACUAACGCGCAAUUGCAGACCGAACUAGUGGAUAUAUUGAAAAAUAUGUUUUUACCAAGUAAGAAGAUGAUAAAAGAACAAAUUGAGUGGCUCAUUGAACACAAGUAUAUUCGUAGGCACGAUGACGAUAUUAAUACAUUUGUAUAUAUGGCAUAACACGGGAUUAUAAACACGUACAAGAUUGUUCACGAACUAUGGUUAAUAUUAUAUUUUUAUAAAAAAAAUUUAGUUUUGUCAUAUAUGCGAGGAUAUACGUUCAAGUCUGCCAUGCGCUAUUAUGUUUCAUCUGUUUUUUUGUAACACAGUAUGAAAGAAAGGAAAGACGAUAUUUGACUAGAUUUUAAAAUAAGAUACCGAUAAGACAAGUCAUAUUGCCUGCAUUUGCCGAUUAUUAUACAUGAAUAAAGUGAAAUGUGUAGCAAAACUGAAGAAAAUGUCGCAAUAAUAAUAAGAAAGAUGUACAACAUUAUGAUAACUAGUAUUUAUCGUUUAUUUUUCUGGACACUGAUCUGUAUUAAUUUAAUUAGGAAAGAUUUGAUUAAAUUAAAAAGGAGAAUUAUCGGUAACGCGCGCCAUCACUAUUCCUCCUAUUUAUAUAUAUUUUACUAAAAAGUAUAUAUAUAUUCUUAUAAAAUAUCUGUACAUCUUGUUUUUAAAAACUUUUACUGUUAAUUAUAUUUGUUAAAAAAAAAUUUGGUUAUAGUAUUAAUAUAGAACAAUUUGAUAUUAAAAAUCAAUCAAUUAAAUCCUUAUCCACAAAUCUGGACAACAGUGCAGUGUAUAUUUAUACACUGCGUAAAAUUUAUUAUAAAGUUUUACGUAUACUUAGAUUUAUUCAUCACUAAAUAUAUAAGAGCUAUUGCGAAAGAAUUGGAAUUCGAAAUAUUCUCUACAUGGCAUAAUAUAUAUUUAAUUUAUUACUAGAAUUUAUAAUUUGCGGAUGGCGUUCAAAGAUAUUUCCCAUUUUCAAGAUACACAAAAGCCCGACGAAUAAUGUUGUUCAAUGGCCUAUACUAUAAUAUUUUAAUGCAUAAGCACGUACCUCGCAACACCAAAUUUGAUUUUAGCGAUGAUAGAAAUAUAUGUAUUUAUAUAAUUUCUACAUCUGAAACGUAGUUAUGAUGAUUCGAAUCGUCAAAAUAAUCGUCAAAAUAGUUACUUAAGCAAAUAAUAACGACGGUUAUAUGUAUAAAGCUUUUAUAUAACUUCAAUAAGAGUGAAAGACGAGUGUAAUGGUAUAUAAAAUCUCAAUGAAUUAAA